AAAUUGAGAAGUUCUGAUGUUACCAGGCAUCAUAUGACUUUUAGACUUUUAAACCUUCAACUGUUUUCGAACAUAAGUUAAAAGUAAUUGUCAAGAGAAACUGAAUUGAAAUCCAAAAUAAUCUUCAACCUUUUAAAAUUUUAUAAAAGAGUGGCGGCAGAAACUUGUUUCAACAACUCACAGACAGAAGAGAAACAGAACAGUAGAAGGACUUUCCUCUCCCAAGAAGUAAAUUAAAGUAAAUCAACAUGGAGGACGUAGCAGUGGAAGUUUGCGGUGAAAACGGGGCUCUUUACAAGGGUUACGUCUUGGACGUAUUCGAUGAUGAGGUUUUAAUACAUUUUGAAGAUGAGUGGCAGCCAGAUUCUAGGUUUCCCUUUUCCCAAGUUAGGCUUCCACCAAAGCCUGAUCAAAAAACAGAAUUUACUGAGAAUAUGGAAGUAGAAGUGUACUCAAGGGCUAAUAAUCAAGAUGGGUACGGUUGGUGGAAAUGUAGAAUUAAAAUGAUGAAAGGUGAUUUUUAUGUACUUGAGUAUACUGGCUUUGAAACAACAUAUACAGAAAUUGUCAGUGUGGAUAGGUUAAGGCCAAAAAACAACAAUCCUCCCAUCACCAAAAACAUGUUCUUCAAAUUUGAGAUUGAAGUUCCUGAGGCACUUAGGGAAUGUCCUUUCAUCCUCAGUGACAAGAUUGAAAAUGCCCAUAAGGAAUUCCAGAAAGCCAUUGCUGCUGCUCUGAUUAGGUAUGUACCAGAGAAAGGGGUACUUUUAGUCAUAUCUAGGAAUGAAUCGAGCCAAAAGACGGCCUCUUUGCUGCAGGACAUGCACUUUAGAGGUCUCUCACAAAAAGUAUUCCUACUUAAACGUACAGAGGAAGCAGUCCGGCAGUUGGAGAGUACUAAAUUGGCAUCUGUAGGAGGGAGAUACAAACCCUCGCACCUGCGCACCUCAAAUUACGAGGGUACAAGGGCGCAUUCCAGAUAUUCUGAUGAAUUCAGUGUCAGAGAUGAUCUUAUGGGAUUGGCAAUUGGAGCUCAUGGUGCAAAUAUCCAGCAAGCUAGGAAAAUCGAAGGUGUUACGAAUAUAGAAUUAGAAGAAAAUUCCUGUACAUUUAAAAUAUAUGGGGAGUCUGAACUUGCAGUGAAAAAGGCCAGAUCCAUGUUGGAAUACAGUGAGGAAUCCCUACAAGUGCCCAGGAACUUGGUUGGAAAAGUAAUAGGAAAAAGUGGUAGAAUUAUUCAAGAAAUAGUCGAUAAGAGUUGUGUGGUGCGGGUCAAGAUAGAGGGAGAGAAUGAACCACAGCCAACAAUUCCUAGAGAAGAGGGUCAAGUAACUUUUGUGUUUGUAGGCACAGUAGACAGUAUAACUAAUGCUAAAGUUUUGAUACAAUACCACCUGGCACAUUUAAGGGAAGUGGAGCAACUCCGGCAAGAAAAGCUCGAGAUAGACGAACAGCUGCGCAGCAUCCACGGCACCAACCUCGGCUCGAUGCAGAGCUUGCCGAUGGGUCGACGCAACGAUAGGGGCUACAACAGCGACAUGGACAGCGGCGGUCGUCCGAGGGGUUCGAUGAGAGGCAGGGGGGGCCGCGGUCGUGGUUCCGGCUAUCGGCAGAACGACCGAUACAACUCUGGUAGUAACUUUAACGACUAUGUAAAUAACGUCGACAGACAUAACCACGAAGGAAAUGGCAAGGGAGGCCGCGGCGGUCACGCGGUCAACGGCCGACCGCCCAGAGGCCACAACAACAACAAUAACAACAACAGGGAGCGCUCCAAUCGCGGCCGACUGUCAGUCGACUCGGCCGGCGGCGGCGACAGAGAAAAUUCAAGACAUCAGACCCCAGAAGCUGAAGGAGAGGAGCAUCAUGGAACUUACCAAAAUCGCUACACACGAGGAGGUUUAAUGAGGAGGAACCUACCAAGAAGGGAUAGUCGCAGGGACGACAGACGUAGGACCACAGAUGAAGAAGAGACUGUUUUAGAUAACCAAGAUGUUUCGUCUAGUGCUGAUAGAGAAUCUGUAUCAAGUGUGGACGCCUCUUGGGCAUCUGGUACUCAGAGAAGAAGGAGAAAGAGGUUUGGGAAGUCGCAAAGUGUUCCUCCUGCUCAGCAGCAAUCUCAAUCGCCGACAAAUAACGAAUCAGUUUCGAACCAAGUGGCCAGUGAUCCGAAACCAUUCAACGAUUCACGUCCUCCAAAUGAGAACUCCAUUAGCAACCAGAACUCCAAACCCCGUGUAAGUCGACUUCGAGCUAGGGGAAACAAACCUAAGGAGCCCCUUGUCAAUGGAACGGCAGCUUAAUAGGAGACUACCUAGUGCCAAUAUUUUUUAGGAUAUUACGAUACUAAUCUGUAUGCUCAAGUUGUACGCAAACAUGUUUGAAAUUUCA